AUGUCACAUCGACAAAUUGUCCUGUGCUUUGACGGCACAGGAAACACCUUUCGCACGGAUGGCACAGACACCAAUGUCUUGAGAAUUUGUCGCAUGUUAGAAAAGUCCGACGAGCAAUUAUGUUACUACCAACCGGGAAUCGGUACCGAGAUAACCCCAGGAUCCCUGGCCAGCACGACAAUCCAAAAGAAGGGCAAAUUGGACAAUAACAAGGCGCUCAACCUCGCACUAGGUCGCUCUUUCGAUCGGCACGUUCUUGGCGGGUACCGCUUUCUCAUGCGGCACUAUCAGUCCGGGGCUAAGGUGUAUAUUUUCGGCUUCUCACGUGGCGCAUAUACGGCGCGGUUCCUGAAUGAGAUGAUCGACUAUGUCGGGCUUCUCGGCCCGGAUAAUGAAGAAGUGGUUCCGUUUAUCUGGGAUGCGUUUGUAUCGUGGAAGCUUUGCCGGACGGAUAAUGACAGAGAAGCAAAGCGAAGAGCCUUUCAAGUCAUGAAAGAUAGCAGAGAGAUACUAUCACGGCCUAUGGAUCGUGUGCAAUUCUUGGGCAUGUUCGAUGCAGUUAAUAGUAUCGCGGACUUUGAGGUCAAUGUUGACGGGAGCACCUCCGCCAAGGUAGUUCGACAUGCAGUUAGCAUUGAUGAACGGCGUAUCAAGUUUCGGCCAGUUUUGCUACAAUCGCAUAAAGAUGAAUCACUUCGUGAAAUGCCUUCUGACGAAAAGCAGUCCGCGAAGGGGACCUCGACCAGUGGCCCUGAAGACACAUCUGGACCUCCCGUUCUACCCGAAAUCCCAAACGUCAGCACACCAAGCAUGAAACAGGAAAUAGAAUCGGAGGACGAUGAAAUGCAGGACAUUGAAGAGCUUUGGUUCCCUGGUGGACACGCAGACAUAGGCGGAGGGUGGAAUCUCGGAUCUAGCGAGGCAUGGCCAUUAACACACACACCUCUUGUGUGGAUGGUACAAGAGGCGCGGCGCGCGGGACUGAGACUGGAUCCGAGAAAGCUGAAGCAGUACGAGUGCAUUGAGGAGUUUGACCCCGAUCUUCACUUGCAAUUGAACACGAAGAGGGAGGUCUGGAGCCUGGAAUUGCCGCAAGCCCACAAAGAUUACUUAGAGGCGCUUCAUCUAGCCGGCACAAAAGGACAUAUUCAUGAUCUCCUUUCGUAUGGUAACGGUCUACCGCUGACCUCCGUCCUUUCUUGGCGCCUGAUGGAGUAUCUUCCCCUGCGACGGAUGGAAUCUCAACCUGAUGGAGCAUGGAAGGCUGUGCGGUGGCCGCCGCCGCGUGGCCGGACCCGUGAUAUCCCUGCGAAUGCUCGAGUUCAUGUGUCUGCUAUUCAGCGUAUGAAGUCAGACCCAUCUUACCGUCCUGGUAAUUUGAUAUUUGGUUCUUGGGGGCGGAAGGGGGAUACUACUAGUGCUGUCGGAAUUGGGAAUUGGGCUGUCCACUCCCAUGAAGGUGAUCUGGUGAGGGAGAGGUAUGUUCGUAGUUAG